CCUGGCGGCUCAGGAAAUUCUCGCGGCGCGGCGGGGGAUGGGGAGGCAGGCGCAGGAGUGUCUAUAUUGACAAAAGGACAAAGACUUUUUGAGCCAGCUAACUGGGCUUUUUACAAUGGCUUUUGAAGAUUGCAGAUGCCGCCUACAGAGACGACAGUCAUAUUUGAGGGCUUCCUUUCCCCCAUCGAGGGCCCCUGGGGACCACAGGUCCCCAGCGGGUAGGGCGGAGGCGUGGCCUUGCGAAAGUCAGCGGAGGUCACUCAGCGCUCACAGCCUCCUGCCAGCGCGCUCUGUGUUUCUCUGCAGCCCCGAAGCUCACCAAUGUAGCAGGCGCCCCAAGCUCAGUCCUCAAGAAGCCAUGGCGAAGUCCAGGGGCCGUCUGUACCUUUGGAUGUGCUUGGCUGCUGCGCUGGCAUCUUUCCUGGUGGGAUUUAUGGUGGCCUGGUUUAUUAAGCCUCUCAAAGAAAUAACCACUUGUAUGCGCUAUCAUCAAAGUAUACGGUGGGAACUGGUAUCUGAAAUGAAAGCUGAAAACAUCAAAUCAUUUCUUCGUUCUUUUACAAAGCUUCCUCAUCUGGCAGGAACAGAACAAAAUUUCUUGCUUGCCAAGAAAAUUCAAACCCAGUGGAAGAAAUUUGGACUAGAUUCACCCAAGUUGGUUCAUUAUGAUGUCCUCUUAUCUUACCCCAAUGAGACAAAUGCCAGCUAUAUAUCGAUUGUGGAUGAACAUGAAACUGUGAUUUUCAAAACAUCAUACCUCGAACCACCACCAGAUGGCUAUGAGAAUGUUACAGAUAUUGUGCCACCAUAUAAUGCUUUCUCAGCCCAAGGCAUGCCAGAGGGAAAUCUUGUAUAUGUGAACUAUGCUCUCACUGAAGACUUUUUCAAACUAGAAAGAGAGAUGGGCAUCCACUGUACUGGGAAGAUUGUUAUUGCAAGAUAUGGAAAAAUCUUCAGAGGAAAUAAAGUUAAAAAUGCCAUGUUAGCAGUGGCCAUAGGAAUCAUCUUGUACUCAGAUCCAGCUGGCUACUUUGCUCCUGAGGUACAGCCAUAUCCCAAAGGAUGGAAUCUUCCUGGAACUGCAGCCCAGAGAGGAAAUGUGUUAAAUUUGAAUGGUGCUGGUGACCCACUCACUCCAGGCUAUCCAGCAAAAGAGUUCGGAAAUGCUGAUCCUCAUACCCAAAGCAAUGCUGCUUUUAACAAAUGACAACUUAGGUUUGCUGAGUUACCGAUGGAUUGUAUCCUUCUUUAUAUCAUACAUUUCUUCUUUAAAAAAAUGAGUUUUUGUGUUAUUUAAAACAUAAAAUUGGAAGUUUUACAUAUGUGAAAUGAUCUCUACAAUCAAAAUAGUGAACACACCCAUUAUCUCAAAAAAGCUUCCUCUCAUCUCUUUAUAUUCUCACCCUCCCAACUCUUCCUUCCCACUUCAUCCAAUCCCUAGACAACCAUUCAUCUUGCUUUUUGCUGUCAGCAUGAUUAUUUUGAGACCUGUCCAUGUUGGCAUCUUUGUCAAUAGUUUUUCUUUCUUUUGCUAAGUAGUAUUGGCAGGCUUUUCAAAAUGCAGGUAUCUCUGGAGCUGUUUUGUGGACACCAGGAGCAUUACUUGACAAGCCCUGUGUUGGUCCCAGGGUACCCUGUGCACCUGGGUAA